UAGCAUUGAAAGUUUCAUAGAAAGUGGAAAACGUCUGUCCAACUUGUUGCUAUUAUAUUAGUAAACUUUCACAAAAAUAUUCCACCAACUUUGCUUGACUCAGAGAUGCUACAGUCACGAACGUAAUAGCAAAGUUUUUGGAGCCAGAGUCCUGACUUGAAUCUGAUCGAGGAUCUGUGGAGGCGGCUAAAGAUCAGGCUGAUGGACCAGAGGACUCGGCUGAGUGGUUGGCUGGCGUUCUGCAUCUGAUCGCAGCUGGACGGAUAAGCUUCAAGAGACGACCGGCCCGUCGUAAAGAGGAUCAGAGACGGCCGUGGUUGUUGCUGCUAUCACUGGCAGCUGAUCCACAGACCUUUGGACGUUCUCAGGCUGACCGGUGAUCCGGAUCGUCGGCCUCACUCCCAUUGGGUCACCGCCGAGGUGACAGAGGUGCUCCGGACGGUCCUGAUGUGGACUUGGACCUCAACCGACCCCGUCCCACGAGUAGUUUUUCACUGAGAAAGGAGAAGCAAGGAGGGAGAGGAGCGACAGCAGAAAGGAGGAAGAGAAGUGAGAACAGCAGAUCACCAACGGUUUCCCCUCCACGCAGGAUGCCGGUGGAGACGCUGAGGCCCUCAGAUGGCCGUCUGGCCGGAGUCGCCUUCACCUCAGUCAGGCCCUUCAGAAUACUCAACAAGGGGCCCACCUACUUCCGCCCCCCUCCUGAGGCGGGGACCCGCAAGCUGAGCGCCGUGGAGCGCCUGGAGGCCGACAAGGCCAAGUACGUCAAGAGCCAGCAGGUGGCCCUCACCCGCCAGGCGCCCAUCCAAGCCCCUGUCAUCCGCAAGCCCCUCGUUCCCCCGGCGAUGAUGCCCCAGGGCCACAUCGUUACCCCGACGGCCCGAAAGGUUCCCCGGUACCCGGCUGACGUGGAGAACAGAGGAGGCAGGGAGGCGCCGGGGGAGAGGAGACCUUUUAAUUUGGACAUCCUGAAUAAUCUAAUCAAUGACGUCUGUGAUGGAGCGCAGUCGUCUUCCUCCUCCCCCUCCUCUUCCUCUCCAUCAUCAGGGGUGAAGAGUAUCUGCAGCAGCCUAUCAGCGGAGCAGGACAAGAGCAACAGGCUGCUGAACAACCUCAAGCCCCUCAACCACGGUACCAACAACUCUUCCUCCACCUCCUCCUGCACCUCCUCUCUGCUCAGCAACAACCUCUGCAGCCCCGCGGCAGAACUCUCCCGCCGUCCGCCCCCCGUGCCCGCGCGGCUGUCCCAGGGGCCUCCGGUCCCCUACGGCGUCUCUAACUCAGUGACUGUGCGCAGGGUGGAUGUCCGGCCUCACGCCGAGAUGAAGAAGCCGCCGAGAGCGGCCCUGCAGCACCGCCUCAGGCCCAGACAGAUCCCCCAGGGUCAGGUGGCGCACCCCCAGGUCCCGCCCCCACCGCCCCCGCUCAAGUCACACAACCAGCCUCAGCCUCCCGCCAAAGUCAACACCUCGUCCCAAACCCUGCCCACCCCACCCGCCUAUCUGCCCCCCAGCCCCAUGCUGGCGCGAGCCGGCGUGAUCCCCCCCGCCUCCCCCGCGUUCACGCGCAUCUCCAACGCCAGCUCCAAGGGCUCCUCCCGCAAGCACCCGUCCCUGCACCGCUCCAAGUCGGACCUGAGCGACCGCUACUCGCGCGCCACCGCCGACCUGGAGCGCUUCUUCAACUACUGCGGGCUGGACCCGGAGGAGGUGGAGGGGCUGGGCGGCGUGGAGCGCUUCACCCGGGCCAACUCCGACAUCGUGUCCGUCUCCAAGCUGCGCAGCGUCAGCACGCCCAGCUCGGAGUGCGGGGACGACGGCGAGCGGGUGAGGGGGGGCGAGGAGGAGGAGGAGGAGGAGGACGAGGACGGGCCCCUGAAGAUGAACGAAAGAGUCCCCUACGGGAUCUCGGUGAUUGAGAGGAACGCACGGGUCAUCAAGUGGCUGUACGGCAUCCGGCAGGCCAGGGAGGCGCACAGCGGCGUCUCUAACGUAUAGAGCCGCGCUCCUGCUCCGCUGCCUUACUCCCACAACCCGCAUCCUCUGCUACUUUGUCUUCUGUUUCCUGUGAAGGCUCCCUGUUUGUUUGUUUUUUACUGGACGCUGAACA